UAUGUAAAUAUAUGCGGCGGUGGUUAAAGAAGCAUAGGCAAGGGUUUUAGGGGUUUUUGGAGGUUUUAAGCAGAGCAUAACAUUCUGUUCUCUCUUUGCGACUCAGCCACCAUGUCCACGCCUGCGAAGGAAGCUCCGAAGGACCAAUCCGAUGAGGAAGCGCGGGAUCUGCCUCCCGAUCCGGCAGGUUCUGAGUCCCCCGAAGCAGAGGAAGAGGAAGAAGAAGGAGAGUGCGGGUUCUGCCUCUUCAUGAAAGGGGGCGGCUGCCGCGACGCCUUCACCGAAUGGGAGAAGUGCGUCCAAGAAGCCGAGACCAACAACGAGGACCUCCUCGAGAAGUGCGCCCCCAUCACCGCCGCCUUGAAGCAGUGUAUGGACGCUCACUCCAGCUACUACGAGCCCAUCCUCCGUGCCGAGAAGCUGGCGGAGGAACAGGCCAUCGUUGAAUUGGAAAAGGAAAAGUUAGUUACCCGGGAAGACCAAAAGACCGAUCAUGUUGUUGAGGAAGUGGCCACCAUUGAGUUGUUGAAGGAAAACCAAAAUUUGACGUCUAAUGAAUCCCAAGCUCCUCCUCCAUCUAGUCAAAAUCCAAAGUGAGACAUCAUUUCAUUGCCCUUAUUUGUUUCUCUUAACCUGCUGUCAUACCUGUACUGCCAAUGCAAAUAGAUUACAGUCAUUUAUAACUCAUUCAUUUUUGUCACAAUAAUUAGAAUGACAAAUAUUUUCUUGGAUUCAAAGCUGUAUCAAUUUCCAAUUUUAAACAUGCGAUAUGGUUGUGUUGUAUCGGAUUUUAUUUUUCUGUCUGGUCAGUGAUUCAUGCCAUAGUAACGAAAGCUUGUGAUCUA